AUAUGGCAACUGUUUUAGAGUAUGUGCUGAGUGGAGAACUGCUGGUGGAUGCCUUAGUGACUUUCCUGAAACGAGAUUUAUGUGAUCCAGGUUUUGUACCUAAGGAAAAUGUUCCAAAACAACUGGCAGAGUUGCAACAUAUUCAUCAAGAAUUUAUUCCCUUCUUUUUAAAUUAUCUUCGAGAUCAAACUAUACAUCUCCUUCAGAGUUCUAAAUCAGCAACCCCUUCCCCUGCCAAAACCCCCUCAGCCCAGAAGUUAAAGAAAAGCAUAAGUGAAAAGAAAGGUUCUUCCUCCUCUAAGAGAAUUCAGUUGUUUGGUGCCAGUCCUGGAGAUGGAAUUGAUGACAUUAAACCUACAAGUGGUUCAUUUUUUUCCCCUAACACAUCAGUCGAUGUUAAUCCCCCAACUCUGAACACUCCCACAAAUGAAGACAAAAAAUCUACUCCUAAGGUUCAUUGCUCUGUUGAGAGGAAUCGGAAUUUCUCAUCUGCAGUUGGUAAUUCUGUUGACAGAGAUCAUAGAUCUAAGGGUAGUAGAAAUACUACACCACAUAGUGGAAGUAAAAAUAAUCAAGAUGGUAGAUCUAGACAUCGAUUCAGUCUUGGAGAGUUCAUUAUAUCUCCAGAAGUUACAUGUACAACUGCAAACAAAAGAAAGAAUUCUCCAUAUUCAUCAGGAAGAAGAAAUGAUAAACCAAAUGAUAACUCACCCUCGCCUGCUCCAACUAACCUGAAGUCUGGAAACAAGAAACGUCAUUCAGUUGAAUCAGGAACACAGAGAUCAUGUUCCCCUGCCCAGGUGUUCAGUCUCGGCAACGCUGAUGAGUUUCCACCUGUGGGGGGUGAUGGUAAACCAGUCACACCAAGAAUACAUGAUUUAGCAGUGGAGAAGGGAAAUUUGACAAAUAUGAUUUUAAAAAAUUCUCCUAACUUUGACAACACACCAAGAGCAGUGAAAUCCAACCCAAUCACGAAAUCUCGUAGGAUAAGUUUCACCACAAUACAACAGGAGGGAUCCUCAGAAUCCCCCACCCCACCCUCCAGAAGAAUCAACCCAACCCCCGUGUCAGGGAAACCAUUCAGGAGGCAGACAAAUGCCUUCAUAGAACAACAGGACUCAGAAAACAAGAACAGUAACUCGAGUUUUGAUCAGAGUCACUUAGAAGAGGAGAGAGAAUUACUCAGGAAAGAAAAAGCCAAGCAUCUUCAAAACAAAGUUGAGAGCAAGUCAGAUGAUUGCAGCUCAACAUCUGUUAGUACACCAACCAAGCUAGCCUUGGACCGUUCUGUCAGCACAGUGGAAAUAGUUACUGCUGAUAUUAAAGAGGUCACACACAAGAUUGAACUCGAUAAAUUGGUACAGCUGUACUCAGAAUGUCUCAAUGAGAACCUGUUUCCUAACCUGUCUAUGGAGCUGUACUUCCUGAUGCAGUUGUUGACGACGCGUAGUGUAGACCUGGACUUGAUAGCUGUCUGCGGAGAAGAUGUGUUGGAAAAUAAUUUUUUUUGUUCUGUCCACAACGCUGUAUAUUUUGCUGUUGGUGUUCUGCAGAGACAGAAAAGAUUACUUCAGUGCCUUGACAAAGUGACCUUGAGACUGUUGUCAGAGAACACCAGAAUCUCUCACUUUUCUCCUGAUCUAAGUCAAUGGUUGAUGACCAUUGUUGAAAGCAAGAACCAACAGGUUGGUCCCAUUUAUCCCAAGUCUCCUAUUGGUAGUGUGUCUUUCCAAGCAGAAACUGACAAUAGGAAAAACUUUCCUGAUGAUAGAACAUUUCAUUUAUUCAAAAAACAAAGGGAUGGAUUCUAUGAAAUUCUGAGGGAGUGGGAAACCAACCACAUGGUGCCGGGCUGGUCUGUCAGUGAUGUGCUAAGGAACAAAAUCCGGGCCUUGAUCAGCUCCAAGACAGAACUCUCCAACCACCUCCACUUCGCCAGACUGUUUCAAUCUCAGCUUAUCGCGAUGUGUAAAGGAGACAGUGGUUUAAUUGCUGACUCUGGUGAUGACAAUAUUGCUUUGUUAACUCAGUUAAAGCGUUCUAAUCCAGAAAAGUUUAAAAAACUGCAGGAGAGAUUUUCUAAGCCAUUAAGUUUUGGAGGCCCUUGUCCUGUCCCAGCCUUUCCUGGGUGUCAGGAAUUCUUCCAUGAUUUCAUCAUUGCUGCAUCCAGCACUAUUUUUAACCAGCAUUUGAGUGAUACCUUUGCAUCAAAAAUUCUUGAGUUGAAUUCAAUAUGUUUUCUCCCUGAAGAAGAAACUGGAAAUGAAGAUUCUGAUGAUGAACAGAAAGAGUUAUUUAUUUCUAGUCUCUUCACCCUGAGGCUGCUUGGAAAGUUCCUUGGCUUUGUGACCUUUCUACCUUAUCAAACAACCACAAAACUGCCAGAUGAAAUGGAGGCCAUGUAUCUGUCAAUAAGGAAAAAUCACCUGCCAUACUUGGACCUAGUGGAGUGCAUUAAGGAGGCCCUGUCCCUCCAUCGCCUUACCCUCACCAUCCCCUGGGUGGUGGAGUUCCUAAGCAUGAUGGACGUGGUAGCCCCCAAAAUUGACCACUUCCAGCUGACUCUAUUCUUACUAUUACUUAUUCAUAGAUCAUGUUGGAGAGAAUUGAAGCAUGAGAAUUAUGGUUGCCUCCUUAUUGUAACAAUGAUAAGCUGGUUGUUAGAUCUUUCAUUCAUACCAGAGGGCUUCUUCUUUGUUGAAAUUCCUCAUGAUGUGUUGGAUAUUUUACCAGAUGUUCAAAGGAAGUCUACAUUACAGCUGGACACCAUGGGAUUUGUUGAUCAAAGCGUGUUCUACUCCUGCUGUCCAUAUUUAUUAGAACUCAGAACACUGUUGACAGAGUUUGCUGUGGGCUGUAGCAGUAAAACAUCUACCAUCAGGAAAAUCACUCCCGUAUCAGCCGAGGAUACUACCAUCCCUAAACCAUCAGAUGUUCAAAUUCAGUUACAACUGGAGGAGAAUUUCUUCCACAAUCACCCAGCCUCUCUGAGGAGAUGUGUGGAUUUUGUGGCCGAGCGAACAGCAUCUAACUUCAUCAAGAAGUUCCGCUCCACCUCCCUACAGAAAUCCCUGGGGGACAGUAGGGAGGCAUUGAACACACACCUCAUGUCACAGGCGGGGGGCUCUCCUAGCGGGAAAGCAAAAGACAAGUUGCAGCAUGAUAUCUUGAAAAUUGCACAGGAUCAUGUUUCACAGGCCAAACUCACAGUGGCCAAAGAUGUAGGCAGUUAUUGUGAAGAGAGAAUCAAGGCUCUGGUGCCAUUGCUGUUACCAGAUGAACAGUCGGAUAGUGUGAAGCAAACUUCGUCAGGGAUUGCCACCCGAAUGUCACAGGAGAAGGUCCACUCCUGGAUCAACAGGCACAUCACUGUCCAGAUGUUUCAGUCGGAGUUGACAUUAGAGUUGGACAGAAUACUAAAGUCACAGCUUCUUAAUCAGACUCGAGCCAGCACGACGGGUUCAGAAGUGUUGAUCCCUGUGAAUGCUGAGUCCAGCUUUGAGGUGAUUGCCGGAGAACAUGAUGACAACACGAGACUGCCAUCGGAAGUUCUCAUUGACAUCAAAGAUGUGGUAAAGCUCAUUAUGCUGAGAAACGUUAAUCCUGGUAGGAAAGCUGUGAAGGACCUUCUGAUGGAGACCAAGGUCAUUCUGGAAAGAAGACAGGACUGGCUUCCUGGAAUAUUUAGAUCCUAUGGUCAGCUGGUAAUAGACCUAUGUCUUUCAUUGUUUUGUCAUUUCCCUGAAGAGUGGACUAUUGAGGACAUUGAGGAAUUUAAGGAGCUGUGGACGGGUCCUUUAAAGUCUGCCAUCCCCCUCUCCACUGUCAUGUGUAGUUACUCCCUGAAGAUGACAGAAGAAUCUCCCAAUCCAAAGCUGGCCUGGACCAACUUGGAGAAUUUGCUUCUGCUGUUGACUCAGCAGACAUUACUGACAACUAGUGAACUACAACAGAGCUGUUUAAACAUUCUGACAGAAACUCAGGAAAGUAUUGAAAACUUGGCUGUUUGUUUGUGCCACAUUAUGGAAAGACUUGAGCUUGAUCCAGAAUUUACAGAGGAGUGUGAAUUAGGGGACAUUCUGGAGUGGAUCUACCAGAUUUGUGGGGCGGAGGCCCCAGUGUCAAAACACAUACUUAAGACUCUGAAGUUGGAUGUACCACCAGGACAAGUGGUAGCUAAACCAUCUUCUGAGCAAGUCGAGACAUUGACCACUGCAAAAUGUGAAUAUUGUCAAAACGAUAAAGACAGUGAGUCAGAAUUCAAGACUACACACUCUAUUCAACAGAAGGAAGGUGUUUGUGAUGGUGAUUUAAUAAAUAAGUGUGAACAGAGUAAGAGUGAACAGAUGGACAUAGUUCAUGGGAAAUUAGAAUGCAUGUCUGUUUCUGUUAAGGAUCAUGAAAUAUCAGUUCCGAUUAAGUGAAUUGUAUGAGAAUCCAUUCCUGUUUAAUGUCUUUCAAUACAAGGGGAAACAACUAGUCUGCUUCACAGUAGAAAAAAGUGAAAUAAAAUUAAUACAUGUAUUUAUGUAUUUGUACUUCACAAAAAAAAAAUUUCAAUCUUCAAAAUAAAAGAUGACAUAUCU